CCCUAAUUCCAUCUGAUUCAGCUUCAGCCUUGUAAUGCCUAUCUAUCUCAUUUCUCCUCGCCAUUAUCGUUCAUCCGUAAAUUUCUCGAUCUGCCGUAUCUAAUUUGUAGCGUCAACAAAUAUUUGCAAUCCAAUCCCCAAGACUCUGAAGGACCAUACUAGUUCGGCCUGCUUACUUCUUAUACAAUGGUUGGCUGAGCUCUGUGAUGUUGAAUUCAACAAUGCUUCUUGAGUUCUGGACUUGGAAGAACUUUAUAGGAUUGUUUACGCUUGAAAGAAUUUUCUAGCUGUAGAGAGAUGUCUCCAGCUUCCAAAUCUAAACCAAAAGACAAGAAAGCCAGCAAAGAAGUACAGAAGCCUGCACCAAGGUCGACAGGACCUGCUGCUGCUGGUAGUAGCGGUGUUCCCGCUACUGCAUAUAAUCCUCUUUCAGGAACCUUCCAUGCACUUGAACCAACAGUAUCUGUUUCUUCACCUCUUCAUUCCAGUGAUCGAUUCAGGAACAUAGAUGAUACAGAUGCUCAAUCUGGGGUUCUACUUUCUUCGGUGGCAGAGUACGAUACUGUUUCGAAUACUGGUAGCUGGUCUGGGGAGUCAGAGGAUCAUAAAGACAAAAGGUCUAACCCUACUGUGAGGCCAGAAACAAUCCCAGGGGCAGACAUUGAUAAACGAGAAAAAACCCGUCUUAAGAAUGAGAAGAAGCAUCAACGUCAAAAAGAGAGACGUGCCCAGGAAUUGCAGGAACGCUGCACUGGCUACCUUAUGUCCAGAAAGCUUGAUGCUCUUGCUCAGCAAUUAGUUUCUAUGGGCUUUUCGCAAGAUCGGGCGACCGUAGCUCUCAUGCUAAACGAAGGCAAUAUAGAGGAGUCAGUUGCAUGGCUUUUGGAAGGUGGUGAAGAGGCAGAUGAUCCGGUUAAUCAAGAUCUUGGUGGGCACAAUUUAAAACUUGACAUUUCAGAAGAGCUUGCCCGUAUAGCAGAUUUGGAAGCACAUUAUAAGUGUACAAAACAAGAAGUUGAGAGAGCUGUUGUUGCUUCUGAAGGUGAUCUGGAGAAGGCAGCUGAAUCCUUGAGAGAAUUGAAGCUCGAUCCGCCUCCUGCUGCUGCUGCUGCUCCUCCUCCUCCUCCUAAGCCCGAAAAAACUGUCGACCCUCCGACCGCUUUGAGCAGUAAGUUUCCUGGUAAUACUAAUCAAGCCUUAAGACCACAAGCGAACCUCAAUCCUCAUUCAAUUCAACAAAGAAAGGAGGAGAAGGAUUUUAAUUACACCAAAGGAGCAAUUACAGCCGGUAUGUCUAUUGCCAAGAAUAUACCGCAGCCUCCGAGGAGGAGUCAGCCAAAGAUGGAAUGGGGAAAUUAUGAACAGAUCACAACUGAUAAAAGGUGGUCAAGUGCAGGAACUAGCCCCGUUUCCUUCUCUUUGGCAUCACCACCCUCUCAAUUGUCAUCUCCACCAUCCAGGAACGAAACUCGUAGUUUAACAACUGGAACCGAGUUUAGUAGUCUUCAAUCUGGUCCAGCGAGAGAACCCAGUUCGGUAGUACAGGGUCGGAACCCGUCAUUGCUCACCAAGCCAGCUUCUGUUGGUACUAUAAGUUCAUCACCUCCUGCUGGUCGGUAUUCGACGUCGUCUAGUGGGUUUAUGCCGCAGAUUCGCAGCUCAACAAGUUUCAAGGCUAGUGACAUGACCUCUAAUCAGAUGUAUCCUCAAGUUCAGUAUCAGCAGCAGCAGCAACAACAACAGCGACAUUUUAUCCCUGAAGCCACCCACAGCACUGCUCCAUGGAGCAGAACAGGUGCAUCAUCUCCCAUAGCACCUGCAACCUCCCUUGGACUGUUUUCAGGAGCAAGUUCAACCCAAUCAGGGUUGACGUCUCCCAUAGAUUGGAACACGGGUUGCUCGAUGCCUAAUUUAGACUACACCGACAUAGACUGGUCGGUGGAUAGAUCUUCAGCCCGACCUGGUGGUUUGCUGCAGGGGCUGAAUUCCUCCUAUGUUCCAAAUAAUCCGCACAUUUAUGAAUCAAAUACCUCUCGAUUGGUGGAUGCUCGGCCAUUUGGGCAGUCAGGUACUUCUAAUUUCAACAGAGAUCCAACUGGAGGCGCUACCGAAACAUCAGCUAAUAGUUCUAGAGAGUGGACUUCUCCGUUCGAAGGGAACGAUAUUUUCAGUUUUCCUAGACAGUUUGUCUAUUCUCCUCCAUUAGAGGAGAAGAAAUUUUAUGAUAAUAAACCAAAUUAAAAGAAGAAAAACAAAGUGAGUUUGAUUGAUUUUUUGUUCCUUCUUUUUAGAUUCAUGUCGAAAUAUCGUUCCUAUUUUCGUUU